UGUCUCGCUGGGAAGUCUCUGAGCUCAGUGCACCUUGCACUCUUCAUACCUGUGUUCUCUCUUGCCUUUGCACUCUGUGUGUGUGUCUGUGUGUGUCUGUGUGUGUCUGUGUAAGUAGAUUCUGCACUGACGUUACACAACGUCUCUGAAGUGACUGGCCAAAAAAAAGAGAAGUGGAAAAAGAUAGGAAAAGCUCUUCCUGAAAGAGACAGCCUAGAAAACAGAGAGAGAGAAGAAACUUGCUCCUGUUCAUGAGAAAAACUCGAGACCAAUUCUUUCCCUGACUGCCUGCAGGUCCCCUUGGUAAGGUGAGACAGCAGCUCCAAGGCAGAGAAACCUUUGUAGUAGGAGACAGCUAGUGACAGAGACAGCAGAGAGUAUGCGCCACCCAGAGCUUCUUGGGCUUGUCUCUCUGACUGUGUGAGAGUGCCACCGGGAGAGAGCGCGAGACAGAAGGAAGAAACCAGAGACAGCAGAAAGAGGAAGCUACGGGCUGCCCACUCUCAGACAACUGCACAUCACUGAGCAGACAAGACCUCCACAAUGGUCAGGUGGUUUCACCAGAACAUUUCAGCGCUGGACGCUGAGGCUCUGCUUAAAUCUCGGGGGGCGCAUGGAAGUUUCCUGGUCCGUCCCAGCAGAAAAAGGCAUGAAGAAUUCUCACUGUUUGUAAGGGUUAAAGGCUCAGUGACGCAGAUCCGGAUCCAAAAUUCCAGCGCCUACUACAACCUUAAUGGGGGAGACAAGUUUGCUAGUCUGUCUGAGCUGGUGGAUUUCUACAUGGGGAAAUCGAAAGGCCUGCAGGAUGCUGAUGGGAACCGAAUCAAGCUGAAAAUCCCACUGAAGUGCUCAGACUCCACCAAUGAGAAGUGGUUUCACCAGAACAUCUCAGGGCUGGACGCUGAGGCUCUGCUUAAAUCUCGGGGGGCGCAUGGAAGUUUCCUGGUCUGUCCCAGCAGGAAAAGGCAUGAAGAAGUAUCACUGUCUGUAAGGGUUAAAGACUCAGUGACGCACAUCAGGAUCCAAAAUACUGGCGACUACUAUGACCUUUAUGGGGGAGAGCAGUUUGCUAGUCUGUCUGAGCUGGUGGAGUUCUACAUGGGACAAGAAGAAGGCCUGCAGGAUGCUGAUGGGAGCCAAAUCGAGCUGAAAUACCCGCUGAACUGCUCAGACCCCACCAAUGAGAGGUGGUAUCAUGGGCACCUGACAGGCCCGGAAGCUGAAAAGUUGUUGCAGAAAACGGGGGAGCCCUGGACCUUUCUGGUUAGAGAGAGUUGCAGCAAACCUGGGGAUUUUGUCACCUCCAUACUAACCCCAGAGCAGAAAGAUGGGGCGCAGAAGGUGACGCACAUCAAGAUAAAUAGAGAGGAGAAUAAAUAUUUUAUUACCAGGAAGAAAUUUGAGUCACUUACAGAACUCAUUGAGUGGCACCAGCAAAAGCCAAUAGAGGAAACAACAGGGACCGUUCUAUACCUAAAAAAGCCUUGUUACUCCACACAAUUCAAUGCUGCUGACAUUGAAAAUCGGAUGAAAGAAUUGAACAAGAAGUCGGCGCAAAAUGAGGCGGCCAAAGCAGGAUUCUGGGAAGAGUUUGAUGCUUUACAGAAGCAGGAGCCCAAAGUUCACAAUGACCGUAAAGAGGGACUAAGGCCGGAGAAUAAAAGCAAGAACCGCUACAAGAAUAUUCUGCCCUAUGAUCACACAAGAGUUAUACUGAAAUCUGGAGACAAAAACAUCCCCGGCUCCGAUUAUAUCAAUGCCAACUAUGUUAAUAACAAGCUAUGGGCAGAAGGUGAACCCCCAAAACGUUUCAUUGCUUGCCAAGGUUGCCUGAACGCCACCACAGGGGACUUCUGGGAGAUGGUCUGGCAGGAGAACAGCCGCGUUAUUGUAAUGACCACCAAAGAAAUAGAGAAGGGCCGGACAAAAUGUGUUCCAUACUGGCCAGAUGUGGGGACCAACAGAAAGGAGUUUGGGCGGUUUUCGGUAGAGCUAGUAAGCGAACGUGACACCAAGGAGUAUAAAGUCCGACUUCUGCGUGUGUCUUUAACAGAAAGCACUGAAAAGGCUUGUGAUAUCCAUCACUACCAGUACCUGACCUGGCCAGAUCAUGGGGUUCCAACAGACCCUGGCGGUGUCCUAAGUUUCCUGGAAGAGGUUAAUUGCAUGCAGGAGAGCAUAGAAAAGGCUGGACCCAUUGUUGUGCACUGCAGUGCUGGGAUUGGCCGCACAGGGACCAUUAUUGCUAUUGACAUGUUGCUGGACCUGAUUCAAAUGAAAGGGUUGGACAGCGAUAUCGAUGUGCAGAAGACCAUCCAAAUGGUGCGAAAGCAGCGCUCAGGGAUGGUGCAGACCGAAGCUCAAUACAAGUUCAUUUACUCUGCCUUAGCACAAUUUAUUGACUCCACCAAACUCAAGUUGAAAGCAAUGGAGAACAUAAAGACGACAAAAUCUGAAUAUGGAAAUUUGGUGGUCUCCCUAUCAAAACUGAAAGUUACGAGAAAUUCCUCACAGAACCAGCCCAAGGGAACAGUCUAUGAGAAUCUCAACGCCGUAAAGCAAAAAGAAGUGGUGGAGGAGGAGAAAUCAGCAGAGGAACAAAUAUAACCCGUGUAAAAGAAGUGACCUUAAUAUGCUGUACGUUAUUAUCAUAUGUUUAAUGGGUCCUCUAGUGAGCCUCAUUCUUUCUAAUCCUGAUCCUUCUCCCCAGCUGGACAUUUCCCACCUGUAGUUACAGACAAUAAUCCUCCUAACUGGACUGCAGUAUUGUAUCCACUUGUAUCACAUGAAAGGCUGGAUUCUCUUACCACAUCACUCCAUUUUGCUCUUAUUGAUGUGUGUAAACAAGCGCAAAGCAUUGGUACCAGAAUCCAGACUGACAACAUUGCACCCAAUGGCCGAAACUUCAGAUUUAUGUACUAAAUAAAAGUUUUUUUUGAUGAAA